AUAAAAUUCCAAUCUUUUUCCGCCCAUUUUCGUAAAAAUUUCGCAGGACAACGCUACGGGGGCUCCGGGAAGAUUCCAUAAAUUUGAAAAAUGGAUCAUUAAUAUCUUCUCUGUUUUAGGAUUCGGAGAUGGCGAUGUUCGGAUAUGCAGGCCCUGCAGAGUUAGCUUCUUCUUCUUCUUCCCUAGGGUUUUGCAAGACCAGGGUACCGUCUUCUUCGUUCAUCCCUAGACGGUGGCGUAUUUCUCCAGGCCCUGCGUCUGGAAGAAAUGACAUUUCAAAACAACUCCGCUUCUCCGUCCGUUGUUCUUUCGUUCCCAUGGACUCCGCCAAGAUUAAGGUCGUCGGAGUUGGUGGUGGUGGCAACAAUGCCGUCAAUCGCAUGAUCUGCAGCGGCUUGCAGGGAGUAGAUUUUUAUGCCAUUAAUACAGAUGCUCAGGCACUGGUGCAGUCUGCUGCUGAAACCCCAAUUCAAAUUGGAGAGCUUCUGACUCGCGGACUAGGUACGGGGGGCAAUCCUCUUCUCGGGGAACAGGCAGCGGAGGAAUCAAAGGAAGCCAUUGCAAAUGCUCUCAAGGGUUCAGAUAUGGUGUUUAUAACUGCUGGAAUGGGUGGUGGUACGGGUUCUGGUGCUGCACCUGUUGUUGCCCAAAUUUCAAAAGAUGCUGGUUAUCUCACUGUUGGGGUAGUUACUUACCCAUUCAGCUUUGAGGGGCGCAAAAGGCUUUGGAAGCUAUUGAAAAACUUCAGAAAAAUGUUGAUACUCUUAUAGUGAUCCCAAACGACCGUCUGCUUGAUAUUGCAGAUGAGCAGACACCACUUCAGGAUGCUUUUCUUCUUGCAGAUGAUGUGCUUCGUCAAGGUGUACAAGGAAUUUCUGAUAUAAUCACAAUACCUGGGCUUGUAAAUGUGGAUUUUGCUGAUGUAAAAGCAGUCAUGAAAAAUUCUGGAACUGCCAUGCUUGGAGUGGGAGUGUCAUCUAGCAAAAAUCGUGCCGAAGAAGCAGCCGAACAAGCAACUCUGGCCCCUUUAAUGGGAUCUUCUAUCCAGUCUGCCACUGGAGUAGUUUAUAAUAUCACAGGAGGCAAAGAUAUAACUCUGCAAGAAGUCAACAGGGUCUCGCAGGUUGUUACUAGCUUGGCUGAUCCAUCAGCUAACAUUAUAUUCGGAGCCGUGGUGGAUGAACGGUACAAUGGGGAGAUCCAUGUGACAAUGAUUGCCACCGGGUUUGCGCAGUCAUUUCAGAAAACUCUUCUUACGGAUCCCAGAGGAGGAGCAAAGGCGGCUGAGAAGGGUGGUGGAGGAAGCCAAGAGAGUGUGCCGCCACUGGUUACUCCAAAGCCAUCAUCUGUCCCCUUACCUUCUUCUAAUUCACAGCCUCCUCUUCGGAAGCUUUUCUUCUAGCC